UCGUUUUCUUCCUUCCUGCUUCGCCCGCGUCGUGCGCGCUAUGGGGCAGAGUCUCGUCUGGGCCAGCGCUCGCUGAGUAUCCCCGGAAGCCGCCGCCCGCGAUGGAAGAGGACCAGGAACUGGAGAGGAAAGCAAUAGAAGAACUGCUGAAGGAGGCAAAGCGUGGGAAAACUAGAGCGGAAACCAUGGGACCCAUGGGCUGGAUGAAGUGUCCUCUCGCUGGUACCAACAAAAGAUUCCUAAUUAACACAAUUAAGAGCACACUGCCCUCCCAUAAAGAGCAAGAGCAUGAACAAAAGGAGGACAGUAAGGAGCCCGUGAAGAGCCGGGACCAGAAGGAAGCGAACCCCAAGAAGCACAGAAGCCACCACCCCUACAAGCACAGCCUGCACCCAGGCCGAGGCAGGGUGGGCUACUCUCCCCCAAGGAAGCGGGUCUCCCGGGACAGGUGUGACCCACGGGACAAGUGUGACCCACGGCCCAGCAGGCGGUGAGGUCACACCAGCCCAGUACCGCACCUGCCGCCCAGGUGCAGGAAGAUAGGUGUGUGGUGGCGGGGUGUGACACCAGUGAGUGGCUUUCCCAUAAGUCCUUUAUUGUUUGAAGUGACUGUUGACAUGAGCUUGUACGGAGACACGUGCUUUCUCUGAAGAUGUCUAGGCAGGAGUGAGCUGCUGUGGCCGUGCAGCCAGCGUACAUCCGUAUCGUUUUAUUGUGUCUUGUUUGGAAGUUAGUUUGAAAACAAAUCUAGAAUUUAUAAUUUCCAGAUUGUUAAAACCAGUCCCAGUUUUUUGAUGUACUGCACUUUUGGUCAUUUUCCAAAAUUUCUCAAAAAAUAAAAUGCUUAUAAAUCCUG